CUGUCUGAUAUUCAAGCAAAAUACAUAUAUUAAAGCAUUGAGUACUGAAAUGGAGUCUGCUAUAGCUGGACGUAGGCGGACAACCGCACGACAUUCAGCAGAGGAUCAGGCUCUCGAUCAGAUAGCCAAGGAGGAUGGAUUUUCCAUACAUACUUUCAGGCAGAAGCUAGAUUAGCUGCUAGAAGACAGGCAAGAGCGGAAGCUAGAGAAAUACGAAUGCGGGAGUUAGAAAGACAACAGAAAGAGGCAGAGGAAAAUGCAGAUAGGGUGUAUGACAUGUGUUCAGCUGAUGUGAAUAGAACAAUGAGAGUAACACCUGAUUCUGUGAGGUCAUCGCGUCUCCUCACGAAUUCUAACAAUUUCCAAUCCAGUCGAAGAUCUUCCGAAGAUUCACUGGAAGAUGCUGGCCUAAGCAGAGACCUCAGGUUAGAAUUGAAAGAAUUUGAAGAAAAAUUUAGAAAGGCGAUGAUAGCCAAUGCUCAGUUAGACAAUGAAAAAUCUUCGUAUGCUUAUCAAGUCGAUCUAUUGAAAGACAAAUUGGAGGAACUAGAGGAGACGGUUGCACAACUUCGUAGGGAACUUAGAGAAAAGAAUCGCGAGUCUGAACAGUUAAAAAGACUCAGUCAAACAUUGAAAGACGAGUUAGAUGUAUGCCAUGCACAAUUAAUAGAAAGAGAUACGCUUAUACAAGAAAACGGUUUAGUUAUUGUCGAUGAUGAAGGAAGUGAAAACGAAGAUAAUGAAAUUGAGAACGGUCCACGUCCAAGACGAAGAGUACUAGUCAGUACAGAAGCAGCAGAAUUAUUGCAAAACGCUGGAAAGGGUUCACUAGAUGUCCGGCUGAGAAAAUUUGCUUCUGAAAAAAAAGAAUUGCAAGAUGAGAUACGACAUCUUAGAUUGGAACUAGAAGAGACAAGAAACCGUAUUAGAUCCGAAAGAUCGCCUGGUUCAGUAUUAGGUUGCUUAUCAGACUCCGAAGAUGUGCAACGUGAAGCAAACAAGCUUUUGGCCGAUUACAAGUUCAAGCUUCAAAAAGCUGAACAAGAUAUGUCUACUUUGCAAGCUACUGUAGCCAGGCUAGAAAGUCAAGUAAUACGUUAUAAGUCAGCAGCAGAGGCAUCUGAAAAAGCGGAGGAUGAACUGAAAGUAGAAAAGAGAAAGUUACAAAGAGAAGUCAGAGAGACUCAAGGCCGUGUAGAAGAACUGGAAACGGCAAAUUCUCACUUACAGAGGCGAUUGGAUAAACUUAAAAACGCAAAAUCCGCUCUGUUGAAGGAGCUUUGACGGGACGACUUCUUGGGGUCUGUACAAUGAGUCUGCCAUUUUUCGAUUCACUGGGAACCGUGUGCCGAUGUUGCCUCACACAACAUGAGAUACUACUUAACGCAUUGAAAUAUAAUUUAUGCGAACGGAACACGUACAUAUAGUAAUCGUUACGCGGAUUUUACCAUGAUUUUAAUUGAUUUUUAAUUGUACAAUACUGCAUACAAGUAUGGCAUUCCAAAAUGGCCACCGCUGUGCAAUGGUCUUUUGGCAUUGGGAUGCCAUAUUUGGAUUAAUUAUACGCUAAACUGCUGUGAAAAGAAGUCGCUGUUUUAUAUUCAACACGUUCUUUUCUUUCAUUAAUUUUUUUUUUUUUUUUUUUUUUUGACACUAACAAUUAUUCUGCAUUUCUUAGUAAAAGAAAGAAAAAGAGAAAAAAACGAAGAAAAAGAAGUAACAGCCUUUUCAAUGCAUUUCAAACACCGAAUAUUUUUUCGUUAAUUUUGCGAACAGUUAUGGAGUCGAUUCGUAAUAUGUAUAUUAUUUUGAGGAAAAAUAUUCUGACUCGUGUAUUAUAAAUGGAAUUAAAUAUUUUCCAUGCCUUUAUUUUUUGAGGCACAAUCUUUCAUGUUACUUUAGUUUUUGCUCAUUGGAGCAACUUCGAUGGGAACUUGAAGAUAACCGUAUAAUAGUUAUUCAGAAUAAUUUAUGAUAUACGGGUCAAUUAAAACAUUGCGUACGUCAAUGAGUGUAAUUUUUGUGUUACAUCGAAUAAUUUAUAAACGAUAUUUCUACAGAUACAAAAUAUUUAUAACUCCUAUGAGAACCGUGUUAAUAGUUAAAGCUAGAAUUUCGAAUGGAAGCAACCAAUCUACAAUAUUCAUUUUCUACUAUCGAUCGUCUACUGUGAAAUCUUGAUAAACUUUUUUAAUUUUUUAUAUCGUAUUGUCGUAUCUAAAAAAUCGAUAUUAGAUUGUAUGCCGAAUAGAAUGAUAAAGAUAACUGGAACAUUUGAAAUUCCUUAAAAAGAAAUAUUCCUGCUGAUUGUGGUGUUAAAGUUGUUAAUGAUAGCAUUUUUAAUCGAUUGAAUUGUCUCCAGAACUGAACUUUUUAUUCCUCUGACUGAUGCGAAGCAAAAGAAAGUAGAUGUAUGAUAGUGUGGUCUUUGUACAUUCGAAAUAAAUUAAACUAUGUUGUUGAAGCUA